UUACCUAGUUACUAUCAUCAUCGACUGUCGCGCAACUGUGCCCCUUUGCCCUUCACAUUCCAUCGAAAGCCAGCUGUGCACCCUUUCGUCACAGUCCAAACAACCGAUUAGAUAAUAGCGACACCCGAACCUGUCGUGCUCUCGUAGCGCCACCAAUGCAGACAGUCCUGGAGGAGGACGCCGCUGUACAUGCCCUCCCACCGCUAAGCGGGGAAGAUAGACAACGCGUCCAGGGCUCGUCGCUAUCAGAGGUCCGCGAGUGGGCUCUCUCUAAGGCGGCUUUGUCCCCUUCCGACCUGUACGCAUAUCGCCUUCGCACACUCUACAACUCGACCCUGCCUGUGAGCAGGCUACCGCCCGAGACACUGUUCAGAAUCUUUGACUUCUUUCGUCAAGAUUGUGUCAGCUCAAUGUGGGUGACCAAACUCACGGGCAUAUGCCGAUAUUGGCGAGACAUCCUGGUCUCCUCUCCGUUGGCAUGGUCCUCCAUCGACCUCGAGCAUUCUGUCCCAUUCAUCGAGCUGUGUCUGUCGCGCUCGGCAGAUGCAGACCUUGAUGUUGUCCUCAAUGAGACAAAUACGGACCCUUUCGCCAGUAAUGCGCCUUCAGUCAAGAACGAGCUUGCCCCACAUUUCCACCGUAUCGCUCGACUCGAGUUAUGGUCGUACUCUUUGGAACGGCUGCAGGAGGCACAACUGUUGUCGAUGCUGGAGGGUCCGAUGCCUCGGCUGACAGAGCUGAGCAUAUGGUGUAUGGUCCCCACCAGUCUGCAAAUUCGUCUCAACGAUGCUCAUUUCCCUCGGCUCCAGAAACUGUCCCUCGACCACCCGUCUGUGCAUCUGUACGGGUUGAUGCUGCCUAGUUUGACGAUGCUUUCUCUAUCCGACGUAGCGAGGGAUGGACAGCCGAAUUUGAACACCAUCAUUCACCUCCUCAAGGCAGCACCUGCCAUGCGAGUAUUGAUUCUUCGUAAUUCCGGUCCCAUACUACCCCUCUCUGCUCCAUCCCCGCCGAAACGCCCUGUGGUAUUGAACUCCAUGCGGGUUCUCACUUUCCAUGGGCGAUCAACCCAAUGUCGUGCUCUGCUUUCACGCCUCUCGCUGCCGCGCGGCGUCCACAUAUGGCUUUCAGUGAUUGCCCAACCUGUGACACCCUCUAUACCGACUGACUCUGAGGAGUACAAAAGCAUCCUGGAUGACAUCAAGCUUGUCGGCUCUCUUUCCGACAUGCGCUUCGCUUCGCUUCAAGUGAAGCAGCGAUACUUUGCCCUCCGUGCAGACCCAAAUCGCCUCGGCCACAGAAGCAAAGACCCCUUGCUGCGCAUCGAGUUCAGAAACACCUACUUCAUCACGAACGUCCAAUCCGACAACUUCUUCCAGACUCUCCUCUCUGAACUGCCUCUCUUGUUCCCACAAUCUUUGACGUCGCUCAGUCUAGACGGCGAUAGCAUGUCUGUCGUUGACGUUAAACGUUGGGGCCAGACAUUGUAUCCUUCCCAUAUCUGCUCAAACUGCACCUCGUUACCGGUAGCGUGCUCUGCACCCUCAGGAACCUGGUUGAACUCUGCGACCGGCGGAUGGUCUCAUUCAUGUCAGAGCUACGAUGCCUCAUCGUAGACUCCGCGCGACUAGCGAAGGUAGAUGAAGAGGUUGAUCAGUUGUUGGAUCUUCUGGCUAGUUGUCUUGAGCAUCGCUCGCAAGCGGGCGCGCGACUCAAGGAACUGCAGUUGUGCUUCAGGCGUGGAUGAGUCGGCGUCGACUCAGGCUGAAGA